AUGACAGUGGAUGGGAUGGAAUGUGGGCAUCGCUGGGUGAACCAGAGGAUUCAAGGGUCCAGUCUCCUCGAUCGAUGGCGAUACAUGGCAGCUUUCAUGCAGCACACAGGAGGCGUUGGCUUCCACUGGGAUUUCUCUCCACCAUUUGCCAUCGUCUCGUCGAAUCCAGGCGGAGGAUUUCCAGUCUUGCGGCCACCUCUACCGCCAGGGCCUCCGCCACCGCCUUCUGCUAGUAGUGUCGCUGGUAGUGGCGGUGGUGGUGGUGGUGGUGGUGGUGGUGGAACCGCAGCUGCUAAUUCUUCUUAUGGACAGUGGAAAUGGACGAGACUUAUUGAUCGGCUGGCGGAGUGGCCUUUGCCCGUGGUUGGAGCUUCCGCCCGCGCUUUAGCCUUUAAAAUGGAGCCGCAUGGGGAGAAGAUUUCCCUGGAGCGAUGCUUGGGAUGGAGCGAGUCUUUUUCUCGCUUGCUGCUCUUGCUGUUCUUGCUGCUGCCGCAACCAACGAGCAAGGAAUCGUCGCUGGUUCACAGCUACAAGCACGGUUUCAAUGGCUUCUCCGCCUUCUUGACUGAAGCCGAAGCCGACUCCAUUGCAAAGCUUCCUGGCGUGGUUAAGGUUUUCCGUUCCAAAAAACUCAGUCUCCACACAACACGCUCCUGGGAUUUUCUCGACAGCUUUUCUGGUGGUCCGCACAUUCAAAUCAACUCUAGCUCCGGAUCGGAUGUCAUUGUGGGAGUCCUGGAUACUGGUGUUUGGCCGGAGUCCAAGAGCUUCGACGACGCUGGGAUGGGCCCGGUGCCAAAGAGAUGGAAAGGAGUAUGUGACAAUUCCAAAAUCACCAAUCAUUCACACACGAUCCACUGCAACAAGAAAAUUGUAGGAGCUCGAUCUUAUGGACACUCGGACGUGCGGAGCCGUUAUCAAAACGCUCGGGACCAACAAGGGCAUGGAACUCACACGGCCUCCACCAUCGCUGGAAGCCUGGUAAAAGACGCCACUUUUUUAACAACUCUUGGAAAAGGAGUUGCUCGAGGGGGCCAUCCAUCCGCAAGGCUUGCGAUCUACAGGAUUUGCACGCCAGUAUGUGACGGUGACAACGUUCUCGCAGCAUUCGACGACGCAAUUCACGACGGUGUAGAUAUUGUCUCGUUAUCGCUGGGUUUAGAUGACGGGGAUUCCAUAUCCAUUGGUGCUUUCCAUGCAAUGCAGAAGGGAAUUUUUGUAUCAUGUUCUGCUGGAAAUGGAGGUCCAGGCCUCCAAACCAUCGAGAACUCGGCUCCAUGGAUUUUGACAGUGGGAGCAAGCACUAUCGACAGGAAGUUCUCGGUCGACAUCAACCUUGGAAACUCUAAAACCAUUCAGGUCAAGGGAAAGAUUGUCUUGUGCAAUUACAGUCCGGGCGUUGCAUCAUCCUGGGCCAUCCAGCGACAUCUUAAAGAACUUGGUGCCUCUGGAGUAAUUUUGGCGAUUGAAAAUACGACAGAGGCAGUGUCCUUCCUUGAUCUUGCUGGAGCUGCUGUCACUGGGAGCGCCUUGGACGAGAUUAAUGCCUACCUGAAGAACUCGAGGAAUACUACAGCGACCAUCUCUCCAGCACAUACGAUCAUACAAACCACUCCAGCCCCAAUCAUUGCGGAUUUCUCAUCGAGGGGACCUGAUAUUACCAACGAUGGCAUUCUUAAGCCCGAUCUCGUUGCUCCUGGUGUGGACAUACUGGCUGCAUGGAGUCCCGAGCAGCCCAUCAACUUUUAUGGCAAGCCAAUGUACACCGACUUCAACAUAAUCUCUGGAACUUCCAUGGCGUGUCCUCACGCCAGUGCUGCCGCGGCCUUUGUCAAAUCCAGGCACCCGAGUUGGAGUCCAGCAGCCAUCAAGUCGGCUCUCAUGACAACAGCACGCUUCCUGGACAACACAAAGAGCCCAAUCAAAGACCACAAUGGGGAAGAAGCUUCACCAUUUGUGAUGGGAGCCGGACAGAUUGAUCCAGUCGCAGCUCUUAGUCCUGGCCUGGUCUACGACAUAUCUCCGGAUGAGUACACGAAGUUUUUAUGCACGAUGAACUACACAAGGGAUCAGCUGGAGCUCAUGACUGGAAAGAACUUAUCUUGUGCACCCCUGGACUCCUACUUGGAGUUGAACUAUCCAUCCAUCGCGGUUCCCUUCGCUCAGUUUGGCGGGCCAAAUUCCACCAAAGCGGUGGUGAACAGGAAAGUUACCAACGUUGGAGCUGGCAAGUCGGUCUACAACAUUUCAGUAGAAGCUCCGGCGGGAGUGACUGUCGCGGUGUUUCCUCCACAGCUCAGGUUUAAAUCCGUGUUCCAGGUUCUAAGUUUCCAGAUCCAAUUCACAGUUGAUUCAUCCAAGUUCCCACAAACGGUGCCAUGGGGCUAUGGAACACUGACAUGGAAGAGUGAGAAGCACUCGGUGCUGGCAGAGGCGCUGAGAGGAGGCACUGAGCAAAGACAGAUUUCUGUCGUGAAUACGACAGAGUGCUUGGAUGCAGAGGGAGAGUGA